AUGCCGCUAGUACAGCGGGCGGUGUGGCAUCCGCCUCCGUCGCUGUUGAAGGGGCACAGCAACGCUCUCAGCACAGGCAGACAACCUGCCGCCAUUGCAGAUUUGUUUUUAAGCUGCUGCACCUCGCCUCUCUGCCAGGGGUCUGCUCUGCUUGUGAUCUUUAAGCAACUCAGUGCCGAUCAACAGUGCGAUAUUCUCUCCAUGGCUUUGGCGAGUGCAACAUCCCUUGCUGAGUCUCAGCUUGACAGCUACGUUGCGGAGGUCCUUCGCAACGAUUCAUUUUUGCCGACGCACUGGGUGCGUCUUGUCAAAUGUCUGCCAGGCAACACUGCUCCGCAUUUACUGCCUUGGACACGCAUCGCAGAGCGCGUGCUGUGUUCCUCGGCAGUCCCCUUCUCGUCUAACGAUGACGCCUGCACGUUCAUUGCGCGUGUGCUGGGGUGCAUGGAGGACCAGGGUAUCCCGAGGAACACGAUUGCGCAAUGCCUGGAGACAUGCGGUCUUUUGUAUGAAGCGUGCGCGUACGCCUCAUCGUCGUCGAAGUUUCUCCCGCCACCGCCUCGGCUGGCACCGGAUGGAGGGUGGGGGUACGGCGACGCAAUGCAUUCCAUGUGCGCGCUACCUGAGCCGCCGAUGCGAUGGUUUGAUGCGGCUCGCCGCAGCAUGCCUCGGGUUCUGCGUCACUACUCUACCCUUGUCUUGCUACGAUCGGUUGUGCAGAAGUGGGGUGUGACGGACAACGGCUACAACGACCGGUGGAGGAGUUUUGCUGAAGCGUACAUGACGACGCUGGAGGCUGCGAGCGCCGUGCACUUCCUUUUCAGCGAAGGAAACGCCGUCACUGCGCGCGUUCUUCUACCACAUUGUCACACACCGCAACAGAUCGCCACGCUAAUGCGCUACACAUGUCGCGUUGACGUCUCCCUGGCGCUCGCGGCUCUGACUCGUUCGGUGGAGCUGCGCACACCACACCACAAUCUCGCGCAUGUUCACCUUACGCACCUCACGACUGGGCAAAAGGUGCAUUUGGCCUUCUGGGCUCAGGCGGAGUGCUGUAAUGCUGAACGUUCGGGGUGUGACGUGUCAGACGACACCACCGUCGAGUUCCUUUCGCGGACUCUCUCCUUCGGUGUUCUUGAUCGCGGCAUGCUGCUUCGAUGCCUGCGUGAGGUCCUCCCCGCUGGUGCGCUUACCAGAGGUGACCGCUCUCUUGCGCACCUCCUCGCUUCGAUCCCUGCAUCCGUUGUCGAGCACGCUGUGAGUCUGCUGGGGACUGUGGAAAGCGACGCCCUCUCCUGGUGGACAUCACUGUGCACUGAGGCCGGCAACUUUGACGGUGCCUUUGCACUACUGGAGGCAAUGGCCGCGCGCGGCUAUUUGCCGCACAUGAGCGUAUUGGUGGCGCUCCUUGAGGCACUUCGUGACGACUGCCAGAACUUUGCGCGGGGCGUUACGCUACUGCGAUUUUCAUUUCCGCAGGUCUCGGACACCGUACUGCGUGCCUAUGUUGAACGGACAGCUGCAAGUAUCACCCGUACCUCGCCGCUCGCGCUUUCUACGAAACAGGCCAUCCAAGCCCUCAGUGCAUUGGGCUUGAUGCGGGCGGCGCACCGUCUCAACAGUCCUGCAGCCGCUACCGUGGCAGAGGAUACGCCAAGCACGACAACACCGCUGCUUGCGUUGGCCGAGGUGGCAGAUCAGUUGAAGGUACCAAUACCGCUGCAUGUUGGUGCAAUCGAGGGUCUUAUUGCCGCGAGCUCGAAGCUGGGCUACAAUGUUAUGUUGUCAGUGAACGUGAUGGCGGCAACUGGAGGGUGUUGUGUGUCGUGGGCAUCGAUACCUGCGCAAGACCUGGAAUCGCUGUAG